AUGGCUACCCGUGAAAGAGACUGCUUCUUUACCGACGUCGUCGCGACAUGGAGAGCACCCUUGGCUGAUCCCUCCUCCCUAGCGCCGUGGUCCGUGGAGCUUGGGAACUUCGAGUUCGUGGCGUCCUUUGCGGAUGCGGCGCAUCUUGUGGGACUGGUGAACGGAGAGCGGGUUUACCUCAUUGUUCGGAUCGACGACAUCCUCGUGGCGGCCCGAGGAGCGGAGCGGAUUGCAAAGAUAAAGGCGCACUUGGCGGACAACUUUGACGUGCGAGACUUGGAGGUGGCGACGUACUUCCUCGGGAUGGAGCCGUGGGGGCAUUGGCGCGCUGCAUUGCGCGCCGACGGAGGCACAUUGGGCGGCGGCGUUUGGGGUCGUGCGCUAUUGGGUGAGGACCGCGGAGGACGGAAUACCUUCGGGUGGAGCGACGAGGUCCUUGAGGCGUUUUGCGAUACAGACUUUGCCGGGAAUGUCGACAUGAGGCGUUCCACAACCGGUCACGUCUUCUUGGUGUACGGGGGAGAGGUUAGUUGGUCGAGCCGUCUUCAGCCGACGGUGGCGGCGCAGACGGUGGAGGGAGAUAUGAGUGCGGAGCAGGCAGUGAAGGAGGCACUGUGGUUUCGCAUGGCGGGAGACUUGGGGCUAGACCCGGGAACGGUCCAAAUCCACUGCGACAACAAUACGGCGUUGGAAGCAUCCGAUCGCCCUCAGCGGUCGAAACACAUCGACGUGCUUCAUCACUUUGCGCGGAAGAGGGUGGCACGGAAGGAGGUCGGAUUUGCACGUACUGCCCGAUGGGCGACAUGA